AUGUUUCCAGACGCGGAGCGAUUGGAAAUCGAGGGCCGAACCUUUCCCGUGACUGUGCACUAUGCGCGCGAAUUGAUACCCAACUACGAUUUGACCACCCCCAAUAGUUUCAUCGACUACGAUGCGAUCGCGCAAGCAGUUCUGAUGGUGAGGCGCGGAAAGUUCGACCACUUUGACGUCGUGGCGAAGGGCGCAGGGAAAGCGGCAGCGAGACAUUGGAGGCGCUACUCCAAAGCGAUCCUGAUUUUCAUGCCGGGCGUCGGCGAAAUCAAGCAGAUGUGCCGCGUUUUGCGCGAGAAAGCGGAUUCGGAGGAUGGUGGAACUCGUGCGGGACUCAUUCCCGAGGACAGCAUCCUGCCACUGCAUGCUUCGCUGCCUGCAGCGGAGCAGAAGCGCUGCUUCGAAGUGUUUGACGGGAAAAUCGUGAUUUCCACAAACGUGUGUGAAACUUCGAUCACGAUUCCCGACGUCACGUGUGUGAUUGACUGCUGCCGCGAAAAACGCCUGGGUUUGCGCAAAUUCGUGUCCGGCGACGAGAGCGGCGUCUUAGAUAUCGAGGCUCAAAAUCGAGAGCGUCUAAACUUUGAGGCCAACGCCUUGCCCGCAGAGGUGGAAUUUGCGUUGCAUGGGGCUGGGGGUGCGGCUGGAUCGAAUAACUCUAUGUUGCCAAAAGGAGAGGAAGCCGCAGCUGCUGCGAAGACGGUAUCGCAACUAUCUAGUAUGGAAAUGUGCACUUUGCGGCUGCCCGUAUUGCAGGAGCAGUUCUGUUCAAAAGCCAGCAUAGAGCAACGAAAAGGCCGAGCUGGGCGCGUACAGCCGGGAAUUUGCAUUCGCAUGAUCUCGAGAAGCUACGCCGAGAACAAGCUGCUGGCGCAUACGGAGGCGGAGAUGGACGUUCUCCCACUAGAGAACAUCAUUCUGCAAUUGCUAGUCGGACUGCAGGACGAGAGAAGCAAGAAGAUCUUAAUGCCGUCUUCGCUGCGUGAGGAGCAAGAGAAAGACAUGACUUCAACAUUAAGCACAUCUGGAGAUACAACAACUAUUAGU